GAGGGAGGAGGGAGCAGCGCACGGCAAGAUGGCUCCGGGGCCUCAAGAAAGCCCCGGGACCACUGAGAACCCAGCCGCUCUUUCCUGAAGCCUAGAGGUGUUGGGUGGAGGCGACGAGGAUAAGCAAGAAGCCUUGUCCGAGGCUGGGCGCGUCUCUAAACCUGGGCAGAGAGCUCUGCCUCCCUCCGGAGCAUCCUCAGGCCGCGGGCGUCGGGGCGACGGGCUGUUGGAGCUUUGCUGCGCCCGCUCGACAGGCAGGAGGUGCGGCCGUGGCACCUUGAAACCAGACUGGCCAUCCCGGGGCCGCUGCCGCCGCCAGAAGCACGCUCUGACAUCAGCGCAGGCGGCGGAGAGACCCGCGCCCCUCCCUCCGCUCCUCCUUCCUCGGUCUGCCGGCGCCGCCUCUCUGGCUCCCUCAAGCCCCAGCCCAGCCAUGCCCGAGCCCGUGGCACGCCCAGCGCCAGCCAGCCACGAGAGGAUUCAGGCUUGAGCGGAGCAGCGCCCGGAGGAAAGGAGACAGCCCGCCCGGCCAGCCCGGCCCUCGCGCCGCCUUUACGCAGCGCACCUUCGCCGUCGGACGGCCUCCAGACCCGUCCCAUCCCGCCGCCUGCCCGCAGCCAUGGAAACGGGGCUAAUCUUUCUCUGGUCUCUCCUGGUUCCAGUGAUGCUGGUGGAUGUGACUGAUCAAGAGAAGCAAAAAGACCCCUUUAACUAUGACUACCAAACCCUUCGGAUCGGUGGCCUGGUCUUUGCUGUGGUCUUCUUCACCGUUGGAAUCCUCCUUAUUCUGAGCAGGAGAUGUAGGUGCAGUUUCAACCAAAAGCCAAGGGCUCCUGGAGACGAGGAGGCCCAGGGGGAGAAUCUGAUUGCCUCACACGCAACAGGAGCAUCUAGAGACCAGAUGAUGGACAAGCAGACCCCAGAUGCAAACAAUGAAGGGCGUACUGGAGGAGGUGCCUUUGUGUUCAUCAAAGAGGACAUUGAGUCCAGCAAGCCAGAAAUCCCAAAAGGGGCAGACUCCUCCAAGAAAUUGUUGAGAGUGGUGAUACUGGGUCCCAAGAGUAAUUUAGUACUGUGGCUUUCUCUCUCCUCCCCGCUCCGCCCCGGCUUAAGGUGCGCUCCUUCGGGGGUUCCAGCCCAGACACCCUCGGCUGCAGCCAGGAUGGCAGACGAAAACUUCCCCGAGGCGGAGAUUGACAGAUUCUCUUACGAUUACCAGACCAUCCGCAAUGGAGGCCUGGUCUUUGCGGUGGUGGCCUUCUUGGUUGGACUCGCCAUCAUCCUCAGUCGGCGCUUCCGCUGUGGGGGGAAGAGGAAGCAAAGGUAG